AUGUCGUUCACCACUCAAACAGUCACUGAGAUCACGACCACGGCGGCCAUGAUCUCACCAACACUCAUCAGUGACACCACCACCACCGUAACCUCUCAUUUAUCCACAACUCUCUCUGCGACCUUUGGCCAAACCGUCACAAUCCCUUCACCUUCUUCGCCUGCUUCACCUUCUACAACCGUCGUCACUUUACCCACAACGAAGUACACGCCAAUCCCGACAACAACCACACAGACAUCAACGAUCACCCUGACCGAGCUAGACAUCUACCUCCAAGACGAUGGGGGAAAUAUCUAUUCAACCUGGAUCAUUCCUAUCUCAGGUUCUUCCCUAUCGAAUCCAACAAUUACCGGGGUACCAGGGCAGUUGGUCUACGUGGUGAACUCGGAUGAUAGUGGUUGGGAUCACUGGAGCACGGGUGACAAGGCGGGCAUGAUCGUUGGCGUGGUCCUAGGGGCCAUUCUCAUUUUUGCCGUGAUCUUUUGGUGUGCUCGGAAGAGGGUAAAUGGGAAGUGGUGGUUUGCGCAUGCGUGGCCACACCCAGCAACAGCGGUGCUGCCGGUGGAUGCAGGGAACCCAUCACUGGUACACUCAACAAUGGUGAACGGACAGGUUGUGCCUUAUCAAUAUGGGUAUGGGUAUGGGUAUGGUGUCGGGUUGAGGGGCGGUUGCGGCGGCAGAGAUUGGAUACCAAGAUGGGCAACGAAGUGGUUACAAGCAUGA